AUGAAUUACUUAAUACUCCUUACAUUAUUAUCUUACUUGGCUGCAGUAGCGUACUCUUUUGAUUGCAGAGCACCUUCAUCUUUGGAAUCAUACCUAAAUAAUAAAGGAGGUUCUUUUAAUUCAGCAAAAUGUGUUUCAGUUGUUAUUCUUGACACAGCUUCACCGUCAAUUUUAGCUUCUUCCACAUGUGAUGCUUUAGUAGUAGAUUCCACGAAUACAAGCAAUAGUGGAUUAUUAGCAGCUGCAGGAGUUACAUGCCCAGCUCUUUCAAAUGUUAUCCCAACAGUGUUUGAUUUAAAUAAUAACUCAAGAUACCGUGAUCGAAUAGGGUCAAUAUACUGCGUUGAGCCCACAUUCCCAGUUUCGCAAAUAUACAAGAAUGUUUUGGAUAGAGCUGCAUCGAACGGUCUUUCUAAUAUCAUUUUACCAGUCGUCCCAUCGGAUUCUGGUAACUUUAGUUCUAGAAUUAAUUCUGUGGCUUUUGAAGUGAGAUCUUGGAUCAUGAGGUCCUUCGGUAACAAUAACAUGAAAUGUCCAUUCGAUAUAAUUAUUCCAGCAAGUGAUACUCAAAGCUACAAUUUGAUUUUGGACGGAUUUUCAAGGGCAUUCUCCAGAAACCAAGCUGCAUAUAGUCAAUCAAUUCAGACUACCUCCACACAUUCACAGACUCCUCCAACAAUUCCAAUUCCGGCCCCAGCUCCAACUCCAACUCCAACUCCUUUACCAAGAACUCAGUUACUAAGAAACUUUAACCAGUAUGAUGGUAUUGCCUGCCCAACAAUGAAGAACUUUUUCACUUUACUUUCAGAACUCAAUGAUCCAUACAUAAAUAGCUAUACCUCUGUAACAACUCAAAUCUCUCUGACAUUCUCCGACUUCUCAUUAGGAAUUCACUCAUGUGAUGCUAUUGUAAUGGAGAGCGGAACUAGAAAGUUUGUAGAAAUAAUGAGAGAAAUGGGCCUCCCAUAUGACUCUUCAACUCAGAGAUCGGGAAUAACAAUAAGAUCCCCAGAGUAUGUCAGAAGUUCUUCUUUAUGGUACUCAUCACUCCAGAAAGUAUUAUAUAUGAAUUUUCGAGAAGCAAUUGAUAAGUCAGAUACAUUUGAUUCCUUAGUUAGUUUGAUCAAGAAGGCUUACAUUGACAUUUUUGACUUUUCAACCAAAAAUCGUUUAAGCGAAUUAUUAAUUUUGCCUUUAGGAUUCUGGAAAUCACCCUAUUCCAACUCUGUUCAAACUGUUACAGCUGCAAUUGAGGCUUUGGCACUUGCAUUGAACGAUUACUUACUUACUAACAAUCAAUUACAUGUCACCAUUGUGGCAGAAACAAGAGAGCAACUUGAUGUUCUUGUUAGCCAGAUCAAACCAUACUUCAUGAGUGUAAGAGCUUCAGAAGAAUUACUUGGAGAUCAACAAACUGUUACAAUUCCAACUCCAAGACCACUUAGACCACCACCACCAGUAAGACCACCACCACCACCACCACCAGUAAGACCACCAAGACCACCACCACCAUCUAUCAGACCAACCACACGGGACAAUUACUUCUUUGAGUCUGAUGAAGAGUGUAUGUCAGGAACACCAAUUUCUGAACUCAUUCAAUCAAUGUUCAAUGGUAGAAUUCCUCAACCCACAAGUUCUGACCACUUCUCUCUCAUACUUGCAAGCUCAAAUCCAGGUGUUAUCGGAUGUGGAUGCCUAGUAGUAGAUGCCUCAGAAAAGAGCCAGCUUGACCUUGCUAUUAAGCUUGGAAUUAGUAGAAAGGACUGCACAUCAGUUGGAAGCUCGGAAAUCAAGGUGUUUAGUGUUAGGCCACCAAAUCCUUACACAAUAGAACCAUGGAUGGUUGGUAUUACUAGAGUUUAUUGUAUUGAUUCCACUAGGUUCUUAUAUAGCUCCAGAGUCCAAGCCGUUAGAAAUCUAUACAAGAAAAUCAUUUCUUCUGCAAAAUUCAAAUGUACAACUGUCCUUUCUCCAUUGCUCGCAACAUCUUUGAGUACCAGUGAAUCUAGAAAUAAGGAUUACAUCAUCCAGGCAGUUAAAAGUAUGGAUGAGUUCUACUCCAGCAGCCCUCAAAGAAACUUCAUUCAUGUUACAUUCUACGAGCAAAACAUUGAGUUGUUCUUCCUUGCAUUGGAGCUUGCAGCAACUUAUUAUCUUGAAUAUAACAGUUCAGGUGGCCUUAAUGCAACACUUAAAACAAUAAAUCAGAACUGGAUGAGUUUGAACAAUAUUGUUGGAGGUUAUAUAGUCCCAGAAUUUAGACCACCAACAGGCCGUCCAAAGAAGUCCAGGGGUUUCUUGGGUACUGUUAAGAAAGAAAUUACCAGAAUUGUUACCAGAACCACUACUACAACCCCGCAACCCACUAGAGUACCACCUCCUAGACCCCCACUACCAAAGUUCGUUGGAAACAAGGAUGCCUCUAGACCAGCUCCAUCUAAUGCAGCAAUUACAGUUUCUGGUAACUAUUAUCCUACAUUACAGGAUUUCAUUAAGUUGCAUUCCAAACCAAACCCCGAUCAGUUGUAUAGUUUCAGUUACUGGGUUCAACAGUUGUCAUCUUUCAAAAAUACAAGUUACAAGGAAGUUUCCCGAUCUUUUUAUUUAACUAAUUCAGAUGUUUUGGGCCUUGAAAACUGCAAGGUUGUAGUUUUAGAUGCAUUAAGUUCAGGUGUUAACGAAGUUUUAAGGUCAAUUGGUCAGCAAUAUCCACAACUUGUCGGUGGAGUCACUGUAGUUCCUAAUAGGAAAUAUGGAGAUGCCACACAGCCAUUAACAAAAGAGUUAAAUAGAUUGUAUUUAGUUAACACCAGUUCUGGAGCCAUAACAUCUUAUUAUGACGAGAUUAUUACGAAGGCUAUAGCAAGCUCUGAAAAACAUAUUACAAUGCCAAUAUUCACUUUAAGAGAAGAAUAUCAAAUUUCUAGAAAUCGUGCUGAGUCUCUCAUAUUAAGGGUAAUUAGAACCAUAUUGAAUAAAUUAAAAUCUUACAAUAAUCAUUCAUUGAAGAUACUCUUCUAUGAAAAAGAUCCAGUAUUGGCCUUAUUGUUAUUCGAAACUCUCAUAGAUGUAUUUUCUGGUAGAAUCAGAGUUUAA